UUUUUUUGCACCUUUGUUUAUGAGCUGAUCAAACAAAUAACAUAUGAUAUGUCAAGCAGUUGGAGUAGGCGGAUUUUAUUAGGGCCUAUAUGUUGGAAAGAGCUGAUCUAGUGAUUCCAACCCUUGCAGUUAUUUUAGCUAGGCUAAGCUAACCGGCUGCUAGCUUUAGCUUCAUAUUCAGUGGUGUUAUCUGACUCUCGGCGAGAAAGCGAGUCAGUUUUUUCUAAACGUGUCGAAUUGAUUUAAACAUCAGACUUGAAAACACGGCGCAUCACGAAGAGGAGUUUUAUUUUGAAGGGAGGAAGUGACAUUGUCCCCGCUCCGUGGCUGGUACCUCGAGGAGAGGCGGGUCCUGUCAGAGCAGCGGAGCGACGACCGCGGAGAUACAGUGGCCGCACGGAGCUCAGCUACCUUCCGUCUUUACUCGAGUUCAGCUCCUCGGCAGAGCAGCGAAACAUCUCUCAAACAAACAACGACUUUUACUCGUUCUUGCAAAAAAAAAAAAAAAAAAAAAAAUCAUUUUCGGGCGUACAACAUGCUGCUGUGUUCACACCUCGGAGGGAGAAAAGGCCAACCUUAGAAUAAAAACUCCCCCACAAGUUGCAGUCGGCUCCAGAGAGGAGGAGGAGGAAAGAAACACUUGUCGUGGACUCUCUGAUCGUCUCUUUGCACCUUGUCUUUGUUUCUGACUCUUCAGCCGGUCCUUAUGGAAGCCAGAGGAAAGUAUGAUUUUAACGCGACAGCAGACGACGAGCUCAGCUUCAGAAAGGGCGAUAUUCUGAAGAUUUUAAGCCCUCAGGAUGAGUGGUACAAAGCAGAGAUGAAUGGACACGAAGGAUACGUACCACAAAACUACAUCGACAUGCAGUCUCCGAGGUGGUUUCAGGAGAACGCCAGUCGCAGCUCUGCUGAGGAACUCCUGAGACACAAAGAUGUGGGAGACUUCGUGAUCCGAGGGUGUCAGAGUUCCCCUGGAGACUUCUCCAUCUCUGUCAAACACGAGAACGACGUCCAGCACUUCAAAGUGAUGAAAGACAACAAAGGCCAGUAUUUCCUGUGGUCGGAGAAGUUCACCUCCCUCAACAAGCUGGUGGAGUUCUACAAGGUCACCUCCAUCUCUAAAACCAGGGAGAUCUACCUCAACGACGGCAGCUCGGACAGCAGGAGCCCCUCCGCAGCCCAGCCGGCGAAGAGGGGAAGUUUGCCUGAACAGCGCACCACAGCUGCAGCCUUCUCUGCUGCACCGCGCAGAGCUUCAGACCAGCCUCACAACCAGCUGGCUAAGAGAGCCGGUCUGGAGGAGCGAGCUUCCACCAUCGGUCACACAGGGAGAAGCAGUCCCAUCAACUCUGCUUGUCCUCCCCGUCGCACGUCUGAAACCAUGCCUCUCCCUCAGAGGGCGUCCUCGGUGCAGGUGAAGGCGCUGUACGACUUCACCGCAGAGGAAGACGACGAGCUCGGUUUCUGCGCCGGCGACAUCAUCGAAGUGUUGGAUCGCACUGAUGUGUCGUGGUGGAAGGGGAGGCUGAGGGGGAGAAGCGGGCUGUUUCCUGCCAACUACACAUCACCGCUGUGAGAAAACACCCGGUGAUGCACCUUCUGUGCCUGCACACAUCCACAGACUCGCUCUGCAGGUGCAUCUGCGGCACCGUAUUUGUGUUUAUGAACACGGAGAAGUCGGUGACUCAUCUGAUCUCUGCACCGCAUGUUAACACUUCAUCAAGACGCCGGUGCCCAAUGGACUGAGUCACUUAGAGUUUUCAGAUACAUAAUACUCACAUAUAUGCUGCCACUCAGUGCGGUGCUUGUUCAGAUUUUAUUGAACAUUUUUUGUGUCACUGAAGCAAAGAUGCAGCCGUAGGAACUUCCUGAAACCAGGAAGCAGACAGGAGCUGCUGCAGAGGGCACCGAGGAAUGUUUCAUCUUAUAUUGACAUGUCUGACAGCAGGUAUUUAUUUGCAUAUUGCUUACUGGCCGGUCGACUGAUGAGUCGACUUUAAUCUAACUGUUUCUGCCCAUGUCGUAAGUCUAGUAUUUUAUAAAACAAAAGGUUUUGUAUGAAAAAUUCACUGGAUUUCUAAAGAAGUCUGAUUGCUUAACAUAGACGUGUAACUCCCUCGCUGCUCCUUGACUUGGAAAUAAAAUAAUUUUUUAUAACUGAUUUGAUGUUUAAAUCCUAACUCUGAAUGAUGACGGCCCUUUUGGGGGAACAAGAGAAAGAAAAGCCACUCAGUUAACUUUUACAAGGACGGUCUUUCAGUGGAACUCAGCAAGAAGGUUCAAGAAGCAGUUUUAUUUCCAAUAAGAUAGAGAUUAUACCUUUAUUUGGAUAUUUAUGUGGAAACUGAAAUGUUUUAUACAUCUCUGAAGCUAUCUUCAAAGUUUUUUCCAGCUGCCUUCUAGCAGCCACAACCUGCAGCAAUACAACCAGAUGUAAGGAAAGUAAGCCUUCAAAAUAAAAGCUGCACUGCAUCUUAAAUCAUGACUGGAUCCAAACAUCUUUACUCCUCAUUAAGAGAAUAAUUCAGUUUUAUAACCUAGAAGUGGAUUUUGACUUUAGAAAAGUAUAAUUGGUGAAAUAUUACUGUUACUUAAAAACGUCCCUGCAUAGCUUGAACCAAGAAAAGCAAUCAAAAAAUGAGACCAAAUUAAUUUUGAUGCAUCAUAUAACAUGUUCCUUCAUAAUUAUCUACUCUGACCUCAUGUAUACAUUGCUUAAUGCUGAAUGAUCAUAAAAAUUUUACAGGAAUAUUAUAGAAAUUAUUCAGGUGUCUCUUUCUGUUUGCUCUCUCUUAACUAUACAUUGUUAUUUGUCACUAUUACAGUGGUUCCUCACCUGCAGGUGACACCUUCUCCCAACCACACCAAACAUGAACAUUAUCAAAUAAUAAUGCAUAAUUGUCUUAUCCUUUCAGCUGUACUUCUAUAAACUUUUUUUAAAAUAAUAAACAUAUUUUCAUAUGUUUUGUAUGGAAAUAAAAUGUGUAAA